CCAUAUAGGAUCACAGCAUAUAUGCGGCUGAAAGAUCUCAUGAUCAGGACGUGACUCUUGACUUGAAGCUCGUGAAUGCGAAUGCUUGCCUCGUGACACGACUCAUCAACACCCGCUCGAGAGUCUCGAGUCUCACUGCAUACACCAGCGACCAUCUCGCCAAGCUCAUCCUUGCCAGACCCUCCCCGCACCACCCCUUCUCCUUCUCCCUCUCUCUCCCUCUCACGGCGCACACACCCACACACUGCCCAUUGAUAUCAUGUCCGGUGCAUCGCUACUGACCCGUCUCAACUCCACGCUGACCACUCGCAAAUCGGAAUUGGAGAGCAGGAGCAAAGAACCUGGGCUCAAGAAUGAUCUCAUCAUUCGUGCUGCUCGUGGCGAGGAGACGGAGAGGGCUCCGGUCUGGGUGAUGAGGCAAGCAGGAAGAUAUCUGCCCGAGUUUCGAGCGUUGAGGGAAAAGCACGAAUUCUUCGAGUGUUGCAGGACUCCAGAGUUGGCCGCAGAGAUUACGCUGCAGCCCAUUCGUCGCUACUCGGGUCUCUUGGACGCGGCCAUCAUCUUUUCCGACAUUCUAGUCAUUCCUCAAGCCAUGGGAUUAGAGGUGGAGAUGCUGCCAGCACGCGGACCUCACUUUCCCAAUCCUCUCAACGAACCAUCGGACAUGUCUCGUUUGAGCAAAAAGGUGGAUGUGCAAAAGGAGUUGGGUUACGUCUAUGAGGCUAUCAAGUUGACCAAACAGGGAUUGGAUGGCGAAGUGCCGCUGAUCGGAUUUUGUGGGGCGCCUUGGACUCUCAUGGCUUACAUGGUCGAAGGUGGUGGAAGCAAGACUUUCGAAAAGGCCAAGAGAUGGCUCUUCAAGUAUCCAGAGGAGAGCAAAGAAUUGUUGCAAAGAGUCGCCGACCUCUGCGUCGAGUUCUUGGUCGGUCAAGUCAAAGCUGGUGCUCAGUUGGUGCAGGUCUUUGAUUCCUGGGCCGGCGAGCUCUCUCCGCACGAUUUCAGGACCUUUUCGCUCCCCUAUCUCAAGUACAUAGCAUCCGGCGUUCGAGAUUCCCUCUCGUGCACAUCCUGCAAAUCCGUCCCCAUGAUCGUCUUUGCCAAAGGAGCAUUGGGUCAUUCUUUGCCCGAUAUUGCCAAAGCUGGGUACGAUGUCGUGGGACUGGAUUGGACCGUGGAGCCGGCUGUGGCUAGACACAUCGUCCAACAAGCUGCGCCUGGCGUCGUCUUUAACAAGAAGGCGGCGGGCGCAGAGGCGGGCCAUCGUGUCGCUCUGCAAGGCAACAUGGACCCCGCAGUGCUCUAUGCUGGUAAAACGGCCAUCGAGAGAGAAGUGGAGAGGCUGUGCAGGGCCAAGAAGGGCGGCUUUGGAGGAUCGGGCGCUUGGAUUGCCAACUUGGGUCAUGGAAUCACACCUGGCGUCGACCCGGAAAUGCUGGGUCAUUUUCUCAAGACGCUCAAGCGCGUAUCUAGCGAGGUGGCGGGUGCCAAGGAUGAAGAGUAAAGGGCAUUGCUUUUGCCCUGCAGCGGAGGGAGAAAUCGUUGAGCUGUUUGUCACAGAGAUUUUACAGUUGCUCCUGGUGCGUCGGGAACGAGGAGAUCGACCACGAACGAAAGGCGGUACGAGUGUGAAAGGACGAUCGCCUUGCGCCUUGGCGCAGUGUCGGCAAUAGCGGAUGGUGCCAGCACAGGACGUCUCGGCCGUCGAGGAGCGCGGUUCACAGAUUGGCUUGGGGUCAAAUUCCCUCGAAUACAAUUGAUCGGAGCA